GAAAUAACCCGUGUCAAGAAGGGUAAUCAUUCGCUUCCCCUAUUUUGUAUUGUUUCACAAAACGAAUGUUGACAACCUUCCCGGGUAUUCAUGUGUAUAGGCAGUGAACCAACGCAAGCAGCACAACUCUCGGCUUUGAACGCACUCAAGUUUGAUUUGCAAGUCAAGUCUGAAUUAAACGAUUCCGAAGUUCGACGCAACUUCUCAAACAGCAACUGUAAGAAGAACCUCUUGCUAUAUAUAUAUAUAUAUAUAUAUUACAACGACAGCAACGACGACGCAUAUAUACGCACGCACACACCUAUUUACGGAUCCUAUCAAACUGACGGAUGUGUACGUUUAUUUUAGUGGACAUGGAACGACCUGUGUACCGGUACUUGCGUCAGAAGCAAUUUGAAAAGGCACCACGCAAACAAUUGUUACAACGUGUCACCCAAAUGAACGUCAUUCCAGACUUGCUUCCAUUGGGCUUGGUCCCUACGGUCGAAGUCGCUAUUCAGUUGAAGGGACAGGAUGGUGCUGUGGAACCCGGUGUAUUCACCAAGCCAGAGCAGAGCAUUGAAGCACCAAAGAUCGACGUGACCAACUUCCAUACCGACAAACGACUAUACACAAUUCUCCUCGUAGACCCCGAUUCGCCUGACGUCGCCAACAAAACGUAUCAACAACACUGCCAUUGGUUAAUAACAAACGUGCCAUUAUCUGCUACGGAAACAACAGUUGCUGGAGGUGACACUGUGCUGGACUAUGUUCCUCCCCAUCCGCAAAAGGGCACCAAAUACCACCGCUACACACUGAUUGCAUAUGAGCAACCUAAUGGAGGCAGUGACAAGGUCGACAUCAAGGCUGACAAGCGUGAAGGUUUUGAUGUCAAGGCUUUUGCACAAACACACGGUCUCCAACCCCGUGGCGUGUCCUUCUUCCGCCAGGUGUGGGAUGAGACUGUCAGCAGUAUCUACAACGACAUCUUGGGCGUUCCUGAACCUGUGUAUGGCAAACCACCAAAACCACAGCGUUAUAUCCGUAGAGCUGUGUAUAUUUAAAAAUUAUAAUAAUUUUGCUAGAUUUAUCUUUCCUCAUUUGAACAUACAAAAAAAAAGCUGUCA